AUGGACUGCCUCUUUUUCCUCGCUUGUUUCAUCGCCGUUCUUCAGUCGACGUUGGCUGUGCCGACUCUUGCACCGCGAGCAGACACGACGGCUUCCAAAGGCCAAUCCGAUCAGAAGUGCUGGGGCGGCUUAAGUUACUACUCCUCCUCCUCGUCGUCGUGCUUGGGCGGCGGGACGUAUUCCUCAGACUUGCUCGGCUCCCCUUGGACUCUCACCUUCGGCUCCUCCGCCUCUCUCCCCUACUAUUCUCUUCUUAAUAAUAACUACCCCGGCUAUGGCGGUUAUUAUAUGGGGCGUUGGAAGAAGGAUGUCGCAGAUGCUGCUAAAACACCCAGCACAUCGUUGAUUCACUGUAACCAAAGCAAAUUACCAAUAUUUCUUUAUGACGGCUACACCGAUAUCCACUCACAUGGUCAACGACUCUUGCCCUAA